GCCUGGAAGCACGCUGCUUUAUGAGCCGAAACUGGUGAACCUCUUCUCAACCCCUUCCCGAAAUUCAAUGCCUCUUUUCUCCAGAGUUUCAGGUAAGGUGUUUCGACUUCAUUGAUGCAAAUUUCUUGCCACGAGGGCGGAAGAUUACAGUCUCUAAAGCUGUCUCAGGGCUGAAGACGGUCACGACCCCUCGACGCCUAGCAACCAUCAGCUUCCUCCUCCGCUUGGCUGCCUCGGAAAUCUUCUUCCGGGGCAGAGGUCGCCCCCGCCCCUCCCCUCCUCUCCUCCAAGAUGGCGAGCGGCGGCAGCGGGGGGGUUUCGGUACCUGCGCUGUGGAGUGAAGUGAACCGUUAUGGCCAGAACGGCGACUUCACGCGCGCUCUCAAGACCGUCAACAAGAUACUGCAGAUCAACAAAGAUGAUGUAACUGCCCUGCACUGUAAAGUGGUAUGCCUUAUUCAGAAUGGAAGUUUCAAGGAAGCCUUGAAUGUCAUCAAUACUCACACCAAAGUGUUAGCCAAUAACUCUCUCUCCUUUGAGAAGGCAUAUUGUGAGUAUAGGCUGAACAGAAUUGAGAAUGCCUUGAAGACAAUAGAAAGUGCCAACCAGCCAACAGGCAAACUAAAGGAGCUUUAUGGACAAGUGUUAUACCGUUUGGAACGCUAUGAUGAAUGUUUAGCAGUGUAUAGGGAUCUCGUCCGAAACUCUCAAGAUGAUUAUGAUGAGGAGAGGAAAACAAACCUUUCAGCGGUUGUUGCAGCUCAAAGCAAUUGGGAAAAAGUGGUUCCAGAGAACUUGGGCCUCCAAGAAGGCACACAUGAACUGUGCUACAAUGCUGCAUGUGCACUGAUAGGACAAGGCCAGCUCAACCGGGCAAUGAAAAUCCUACAGAAAGCUGAAGAUCUUUGCCGCCGUUCAUUGUCAGAAGACUCUGAUGGGACUGAGGAAGACCCACAGGCAGAACUGGCCAUCAUUCAUGGUCAGAUGGCCUAUAUUCUGCAGCUUCAGGGUCGUACAGAGGAAGCUUUGCAACUUUACAAUCAGAUAAUAAAACUAAAGCCGACAGAUGUGGGAUUACUAGCUGUAAUUGCAAAUAACAUCAUUACCAUUAACAAGGACCAAAAUGUCUUUGACUCAAAGAAGAAGGUGAAAUUAACCAAUGCAGAGGGAGUAGAAUUUAAGCUUUCCAAGAAACAACUACAAGCUAUAGAAUUUAACAAAGCUUUACUUGCGAUGUACACAAACCAGGCAGAACAAUGCCGCAAAAUAUCUGCCAGUUUGCAGUCCCAAAGUCCUGAGCAUCUCCUGCCUGUGUUAAUCCAAGCUGCCCAGCUCUGCCGCGAAAAGCAGCACACAAAAGCAAUAGAGCUGCUUCAGGAAUUUUCAGAUCAACAUCCAGAGAAUGCAGCUGAAAUUAAGCUGACCAUGGCACAGUUGAAAAUUUCUCAAGGUAAUAUUUCUAAAGCAUGUCUAAUAUUGAGAAGCAUAGAGGAGUUAAAGCAUAAACCAGGCAUGGUGUCUGCAUUAGUGACCAUGUACAGCCAUGAGGAAGACAUUGAUAGUGCCAUUGAGGUCUUCACACAAGCUAUCCAGUGGUACCAAAACCAUCAGCCCAAAUCUCCUGCUCAUUUAUCCUUGAUAAGAGAAGCUGCAAACUUUAAACUCAAAUAUGGGCGGAAGAAGGAGGCGAUUAGUGACCUAGAACAGCUAUGGAAACAAAAUCCAAAAGAUAUGCAUACCCUGGCACAGCUUAUUUCUGCCUACUCACUUGUAGAUCCAGAGAAAGCCAAAGCUCUUAGUAAACACUUGCCCUCGUCGGAUAGUAUGUCUCUAAAAGUAGAUGUUGAGGCUCUUGAAAAUUCUCCUGGUGCUACAUACAUUCGGAAGAAGGGCGGAAAAGUUACUGGAGAUAGUCAACCAAAGGAGCAAGGACAGGGAGAUUUGAAAAAGAAGAAGAAGAAAAAGAAGGGAAAACUACCUAAGAAUUAUGACCCAAAGGUUACCCCAGAUCCAGAAAGAUGGCUCCCAAUGCGGGAACGUUCUUAUUACCGAGGAAGAAAGAAGGGUAAAAAGAAGGAUCAGAUUGGAAAAGGGACCCAAGGAGCAACUGCAGGAGCUUCAUCUGAACUGGAUGCCAGUAAAACUGUGAGCAGCCCACCCACCUCCCCAAGACCUGGCAGUGCAGCAACAGUAUCUGCCUCUACAAGUAACAUCAUACCCCCAAGACAUCAGAAACCUGCAGGGGCUCCAGCAACAAAAAAGAAACAGCAACAGAAAAAGAAGAAAGGUGGAAAAGGUGGCUGGUGAUUAGAACAUUCUUGUUGCAGGCUGUUUUGAAACUAGUCUCAGUGACACUAGGAAAGUAAUAAAGGUAACACAGCAAGAAGCACAGAACUACUCCAUCUUCCAUCUCCAUAUUUUCAUAAAAUAAUUUCUUGUGCAUCAAAUAGGAAAACAUCUUCCUCAAACUCUGCCUAGUGAGAUUUGGCCUACUUGUACCACCCAGCUUUGCACAGGUUAUGAGUACUGAAAAUAACUGGGCAUAAAUUUAUCUACCUUGAUAUCUGUUGCAUCCUUUACCUUCGUGUGCUGAUUUGAUGUUUUUUCAGUUUCACAAACAAGGCACGUUAGCUGAGGUUUCCCAGGAUUUAAACAGAAACUACUUCUAUUUCAACCAGAGUCUGAAAAUAAUUGUUCCUAUUCAAGUCCCACCUUAAAUUGUGUCUUAGGCCUUUGGAGACUGAAAGUGGAAUCUUCUGAGCAUUCCAAAAUAUCCACUUAGAAAUAUCAUGUGAUUAAAAAGGGACCUUAUUAAUACACUGGUGUUCUUCACUUAAUUGAGUGGCCACAAGAAAAAUAAAGUAAUUGUCUUAAAUAAUUUUAACCAUAAAUCUCCAUCAUGUGAUUACUGGAAUGUGAGAUACUUUUCCAUAUUUAUAUAUGGCCCCUUUGUGUCCCAAGUCAUUUUCAGAUUAUGGUAAUAUGCUGAUUUAGCACCGUGAAAAGAACUCAAGGAAAAUAUAUCAACGUUGCAAGAAACUGACUCUUAGACCCAGUGUUCUGAGGUCAGAUGGGUUUGGACUGUCUCAAUCAGAAAGAUUAGAACAUGAACACUGACUUCCUACAUAGAGAGGAAAUCAGUACCCAGGUUCCAUGCCAGGGAGUAUUAAAAUCCAACAGGACUGUUUGGCCCAAUUAAUACUCAAAUGGCUUCUCUUUCUAGUUAUGGAUUAUGACCAUUCAUUGCCUUUCUCAAAGUAAUUAAGUAUUUUAUAGUCAAUUUGUGAUGUAAAUGUUGCUCUUGUCUUUCCUUGCUUACAAGGCACUUUCGCAUUGAACAGCUACGGGACAGACACAUUGGGAUGCCUACCCUUGUUAGUAUUCAUUCUAUGCUGCCCAAGAUAUCAUUUAAUUUAGACUUACGAGUAUUUCCUUGUGAUCAUGUUACUCCAUUCUUGUUAAUAAAGUGCUGCUGUGUUUGACUCUAAA